UAUGCUCCAAGGCCGUAAAUAUUAUAUAAAAAAAAAUGUUAAUGACGUUCGAGACCACUGAUAUUAAAAAAAAAACUGUAAACAAAAAUCUUAACGAACUAAAAAAAUCGGUUAUUUAAAUCACCUUAUUCUGUUUCUACCGAGCAGUCUUUCUUGUGUAUCUCUCACUACCUACUGGACAUUGGCGAAAUUUCUGUGUAAAACGGAGAACGCCACGGAAAGAAAAAAAAAAAAAACUGCUAAACACGACGCUAAUUGGGUGGUAUGAAAAACAAAACUGUGAGCAAGAGGUGAGUACAUGAUGAGUGCCAAAAGAACAAGAUCUCAAGCUUUGAGUGAAGCCAGUAGCCCAACCAAGAAGUUAAAAACAACUCAACAAGACAGUUAUUACUUUAAAAUUCUUGAAGAGAGUGGCUUCAUUUUAAAUUUUCCACCAACGAAAUGUGUUAUUUCUCAUGAAACUGUACACAUUCUACGGAACAUUAAGAAAAACCUACACAAACACUUUGAUUAUCCCAGAAAUGUUACAGAUUUUUUUUCUAACUUAGAAAAAGACUGUCAGAACAUAAAUGUGUUUAAACACUAUUUAUUUCCUAAUGUAACUAAGGUUGCUGAUGAUAGUCCAGAUGAGCAUAUCUUAAGUGAAAGUGUUUUUAAAAUACUAUUAAGUGUGCCAAUUUUACAAAACAAAUUGUUGGAUUACAUUUUCGAAAAAGCUAUUGAUUUUGCUGCCGAGGCUAAGUGUGGGCCAUGGAUACAAAUGAUAUUAAAAUGUUUUUCAUCACUGGAUUACAUAACAAGCACUGAUAAAAUUGCAUGCCAUCUAAUUAACUUAUUAGAUAUUACUACAGAAAAAAUGGUUCGCUUAGAGAUUAUUACUGCUAUCCCAGAUAUAAUUGGAGAUCAAGAACACAAUAAUAUUGCGGCAGAAAUGAGUAGAAUAUUGAGUGAAGAUUAUAAUCUUACACCAGCUAUUUUAGACUGUUUGUCUUAUUUAAGUUUGUCUGAAGAACACUAUGAACAAUUACAAAGAAGAACAUUGAAUAUUCUUAACACUUUUCCAAAGUGUGUGUAUUUCCCUAAUUUUAUUAAAUUCCUACUAAUUCCUGGCAAAAUGAGUGAUGCUGCUUAUCUGGAAACGGUGCAAGGCAUCAAGAAUGCUCUUGGCUGGCCAGCAACAACUGCAACACAACAGGAAAUUGCAACUAGUCAAGUCCUUACUGCCACAGCUAUAAGAAAUUCAAUGUUGUCUUCAAAAGUAAUAGCAAAUGCUUGGUUUAAAGCAGUAUCCAUGUCCAAAGUAGACAGCAACUAUAAAUCAAUUGAUUGUAUAAUUUCUUUGAUAUUAUACACUCUUUCUGAAGAAAAACAAAGACAAAUUGAAAUUUUGAUGAAAAAGCAAGUAAAAUCAAAUAUUUUGAAAGAAGAUGCUUUGGAAGAGUCUUUUGUAAAAUUUAAAUAUAUAUACAAAGAUAAUUUGAAGAAUUUAAUAAAACUUAGUAACUCUUUGAUAAAAACCAAAGGAGAUCCUGUGGUUGAAGCAUUUGCAUCAAGAUUAUACAUGCUUAUGUUUUCUCACUUGAAUGAUUGCUGCCAAACUAUUCUUGCAGAAUUACUUCAGUUGGGACUAGAUUGUCAACAAGCUGUAAUGAAUAUCUUACUCAUAUUGAAUAAUGUUGCCGGUACUAAUAUGACUUUAUUAAAGCCUCAAAGUGUACAAAUGUUAACAUUGUUGGAUAGAAUGGAUAAUAUGAAACUAAAUGAGAUCAAAGCUGUAAUGAAUUUACUUUGCGGUCUUGCAUAUAGCACUGACAAUUCUGUAAUACGAGAUGAUAUGUAUAUGGUGAUAAGAAAAGAACUGGGUAGCUCUAUACCAAAAAUUAAAAUUCAAGGUAUUGUGGCUGGGUUGCAUGCAGUAAAAUAUUUGAUGAUAAAACACAGUGAUAAUGAUCAUACUACAGAAUUUCCUGAUGAUGUUAGCUAUAGUUCUGUUACAUUUUUGUCUGAAGGUGAUCUUCGUGAGGCAGCUCAGAUUAUAGAAUUAAUAAGUCGAAGCACAAAACAAUUUCCAGAUAUGAUUGCCCUUUUUUAUGACGAAUUAUCAAAAAUAAUUAACUCUGCAUCUCAUAUAAACAAAAAUUUUUUAUCAUGGUUGACUGAUGCAGUGACCAAUGACUUACAACAAAAUUUUAUUGUUGACAAUGUGGAACAUGAAACGAUUGGAGAAUUGAAACUUUCAAUGCAAUAUUGUCUUAAUGCAGAUAGUGAAAUGGAUGAAGUAAUUGCAAUAAAUAUUGCUGGUCUUACAUUACAACCUAAAACUGCUUUGAAUAUUGGAAUCUUAUCACCCUUAUUCCAAUUAGUGCAAACAUUACAUACCAAACAGCAUGAUGGGACAUUAUCUUCCAUUGAUGCCCUAUUAGGAUGUUCUGUUAUUAUGCCUAUAUUUGAUAUUGACGAGAUUGAAGACUUAGAUAAUAUAGUUAUUUCAAACGUAUUGGAUUGCCUUAUUCAUUGUGUCAAUUGGUUUAGAGAGUUACUCAACGCUUUUGCUACCCAGGAAGAUGAAGCUCUCAAAUCAAAAAUUUUACAAAGACUUUUGCAAGUUGAAGAAUUGGAAGCAAUAAUUGAACAAGUACUCGUAAGAUCUAACAUAAUCUAUAAACCACCUGCUUGCUUUUUUAAUAUUAAUAAAUAUACUGGUGAAAAUGUUGAAAAGAAACAUACCAAUGUUCAAAGUAAAAGCAAACUUCAGAAGAAACUAGUUCAAGAUGACACAGCUAUACCGGAAACAGUAAAAUCGCAACCAUCUCAAAAUAAUAAUUCACUGAAAUGUAAACUGAGUUUAGCCAAUACAUUGCCUUUUAGACAAUUAACUGUAAACCUACUUUAUCUACUAGAUAAUGACAUAGGCUCUAAUAACGAGCAUUGCAAUUUGGGAAUUAAAUCUUUUAAUUUUUUGUUGAAAUGUAUCAAUAUAAAACUUGGUAGUGUAUUUAUUUCUAAGAUUAAAAGGAAAGCAAUCUUUACUAAGGAGGAAGAUUGUAUUUAUGAUAGCAAAAAGGCAGAAGAAUGUGCUCAACUUCUUAAUAAGAUGCUCCCGAAAGUUAUGCAGCAUUUAAAGUUCAUUUGUAAUUUUUUAGAUAACCAUACUUUUGAAAAUACCCAAAAUGAAAGUGGUUUUGUUCUUACAACAGAGUUAUUAGAUUAUUUGUUAUGUUUAGAAAGCAUUUACAACAUGUACACAAUAUUCUUCAAAUGGAUUGGAUUUAGAAAUCAUCAAAACACUCUGCUAAAAAGUACUUUGAGAAUAAUAUCAUCUACAGAUGGCAAUGCAAAUGCAGUGUCAUUGAGAGAUUUACUUCUGUCUACUGCGAAAUAUUUUCAAAAGCAUGAAAAGUAUUGUUUACACCUAACGACAGCUAUAUCGUUGAUUGAAUUUUUAAAAGCAAUUCAACAGUUUACAGACAACAGAGUUAUUUUGAAAAUUUUGAAAGAUAUGGCACAUAGUUUUCUCUCACAACAAUGGAAAACUCCCGACGGGAUUCUAGAAAAGGGAUUAUUCUACAACCAGAGCGUAGAUAUGUUAACUAAUGUUUACUUUAUCAAUAAUGAAACUUUAUCUCUAAGAAAUCUAACAUUACAAUUGACUCACGAAAUCAAAAGCCUGAAGUGCCAAAAAGAUAGCCUCGCGUCAUUUAAAUGCGUUAAUAAGGGAAAUUUCUCCAUACUUUACAGAAAUGUGGGUACAGCUUUAUACGAGUCUACAAAAGCGCGACUUAAUAAAGGACUAACUAAUACUGAGCAUUUGGAAUUAUGGAAAGACGUGGCAGUUAUAUUGAGAAAUAUGUCUGAUAUUGCUAAAACACUAGAAAACAGGAAUAAUUUGUCAGCUUUCUUCAAAAAGUCUGUACCCGUUCUUAAACUUUUUUUAUCUCAAGGUAUUCCUAUUUUAGAAUUACAAUUAAAAACUGAAACUGAAGAAGUGUUAGAGAUUUUAAAAAUACUUCAGCAAUCAACUAGAUUUUUACAAUCGCUAUGCUGUCAUUCGAGAUUAAAAAAAGACAAAGUGUUAAUGAGUAAAGUUCCCUAUAUCAGACAACUUCUGGAAAUACUUAUUUAUAAAGUUAAAGCUGCAUUAGCUGCUAACAAUUGUUCGGAAGCUUUCUGGAUGGGGAACCUUAAAAACAAAGAUAUUCACGGAGAGAUAAUCGCGACACAACAGAGCAUUGAAAGUGAAGAAUCCGUCGAAGACGCGGAUGAUCAGUUACCAGAUGACGACGACGGUGAAGAUAGUGACGAAGAAAUGAUCAAUCCAGACUCUAAAAGUAUAAGUGAUAUAGUAUAAGGGUAUUUCCAUUGUAACGGGUGCGACAUUGACACUGUGUUUUUUUUUUGAAGAUAAUAAAGUGUUUGCUCAGGUAUAUCAAAUAACGUUAAUAAAAAAAAUAGUGUGAAAAAUUAGAUAUUAACCUCAAACAAGAUCUGUAGAGAAACUUGUAAUGAAAAACUUAUACAGCGUCAUGAAUCGCGUAACGGGUGUGACUUUAGAAAAUCGCCAAAUGCGACCAAGAUGACUUUCAGUUAAACACCUGUAAAAUUUUCGAUGAAAGUAUACAGUAAGAUUCUUUUAUGAAAAACUUGAAUAGUUAUCUCAAUUAACUACGUUAUUCGAAAUGUACAAACAUGUAUAAUGUACUUUAUAGUUUUUUUUUUUUGAAAAUGUUACAGUCCUUUGUAACAUUUUCAAAAAAAAAACUAUAAAGUGGGGUAGGGUGUGACACUGUAUGGUUUUUCAAGUUUUAUCAUUAAUAAAAUAUUCUAUUGAACAUUGCUUUAUUAAAAAUCAUUCCAUAUAAGAAUACAGGAAAUUAACAUCAUUUGGUCUAAAAUUAAUAAUUUCUUUUGACGAUUGUGCAAUUUCCCACCUAAUUUGAAAAAUUCGCUUGUAAAUUAUAUGCAAUUACUCUAAAUAGGUUGAUUAAUUAAAUUUAAUUUAAUAGGUUGACAUACAAACUGAAUAAUUUAUAUAAUUUUGGUAAGAGCUAAAUUUUUAUUUUACCAAUUUUUGAGAGUAUGAUUAAAUAGAACUCCAGAUAUACUUUUUGUUUUAGUUAAUAACACAAUUGAAUUUUUAUCACAGUAGGGUAAAGUUUCAUGGAAAUACCCUGUAGGUAAAGGUACAAGUCCGAACUGAACCGCAGACCACAGGCCACAGGUGCAGACUGCAGGCGACACUACUAGUUUCUAUGAUCUGUAUGAAAUUGCAGCCGCGGCGCGUAGCCUGCGGCUGCAGGCUGCAAUUUCAUAGCAAUAUUUAUUUUAUUAUAAUAUUUUCCAAGUAGUGUUGGAACAACACUACUUGGAAAAUAUUUCUAGACAAAAAGAGACAACAUUAUACUCUCGGUACUCGAAGGUAUUGGAGUGACUGAGGCAUGGUUAUAUGCAUUGUGCAGCCGCGGCAUGUCGCCGCGCUCGGAAUAGAAGCUGCCGCGAUGCAGGCAGCACUGCGGUCAGCUGCAGUGUCGUCUGCAGUCAAUUUCGGAAUUGUACCUUAAGUGGAGAGAUGCUCUGCCCUCUUGCAUUUGAGAAAAUAUUGAGAAAUUAUGAAUAAAGUACUGAACACGAUUGUUGCCGACGCUUCUUAUUUCCUUUUUAUCUUUCUCUUUU